GCCUGAGGGACACAAGACAACCUUGGUCCUAUCACACAGUCUUUUAACUUUUUAACACAGGCGUUAGUUAUCUUUCAGUAAUAUAAACCCAAAGUGUUCCAGUGAGUCACAGCGGGAAAAAAACGCUGCUGGGUGUACAACUCACAGGGAGACUUAAAUCAACUACCUGGGUCACACAGUCUGAUGACCUUUCCCAGCUGUGACCUGUGUGGUCAGAGUGGACAAAAACAAGCCAGACUGAUGGGAUGUGAUUGGUCAGUGAUCUGAAGGGAGGUGGUGAUAAUUCAGACUGGCAGUAAGCAGCAUCAUUGGCACACAGUCCAUCAAGAGGCCUGUCUGAAGAAGAAUCAUCUGCAUCUCUAAGAAAGACACCACAGACCUGAGAGCAAAGAAGAAUGUCAGGACCCAGACCUGUGGUGCUGAGCGGCCCCUCAGGAGCCGGGAAGAGCACCCUGAUGAAGAGGCUGAUGAAGGAUCAUGAGGGCGUCUUUGGAUUCAGCGUGUCCCACACAACACGGAGUCCUCGAAUAGGCGAAGAAGAUGGCAAAGGGCUGAACAAACUCCCCAUGCUUCUGGGGGCUACUUUACUGCCUGUAGCAGACGUCUUUUCAUCUGAAGACUUAGAAAUGUCACCCCCAUUAUCGAGUCCAAACGAAUCAGAAACCACAGAUAAAGACUACCACUUCACGACGAGAGAACUCAUGCAGGAGGGCAUUGACAAAGGCAAUUUCAUUGAGACUGCUGAGUUUUCUGGUAACAUGUAUGGAACAAGUAAAGCUGCAGUAGAAGAUUUACAGGCUAAGAAUGUGAUCUGCAUACUUGAUGUGGACAUCCAGGGUGUGAAGAAGAUUAAAGAGACUGACUUAAACCCCAUCUACAUCUCUAUCCAGCCCCCCUCCAUGGAGAUCCUGGAAAAACGCCUGAGGGAUAGACAGACAGAAACGGAGGAAAAUUUACAGAAACGCCUGGAGGCAGCGCGCAUCGAUAUGGAGCUCAGUAAAGAACCUGGAAUGUUUGAUGUUGUGAUUAUCAAUGAUGAUUUAGAGACCGCCUACGAGGAGCUGAAAGAUGUUCUCAAUGAAGUGAGUAAGACAGUAACAUUUAUUCAUACAGUACUUGUCCACAAUGAUGUAACGGGCAAUCUAUGACUCAGAUAAGAAAAAUACAGCUCUCCAUACCACAAGAAAUUCUCACCGCCAGCUCGACGAAUAUUUAGGUUUGGUCAGUGCCCCCUUGACAUUAUUUAGUGACUCGAGGGGAAAUGCAUGUUUUCGUCAGCAUUAUGCAUUAUGAUUGUGGUUAAGGUUACAGUUAAGGUGCAUAGGUUGGUA